GCUCCUUGCAUUUAUCCAGUGCGGUCACACUGUUCAAAAGAGCGAGACGAAGAACACGGCAACAUAGAGAACGGAAAACUGAGUGAAAAAUUUCAGUGUGAUUAUUAUUAUAUUAUGUACGCCUAACAAAAGACAAACGAUCGGGUCGUGUCAUCUGUUAGUUUUAUUUUUGUAAGCGUCAAAUGUCUUAAAAUUCCGGAGAUUGUGCUUCCAAAAUAAGAUGGCCCUCGAGCCAUACACGAAGUCUGCCGAAAUCGAACCUCAAUUGUGCCAAGUUAUAGCAAAUAAUGAAGAUGUGACAACGAAGAAGACCAAAUGCACGGCAUUUAGCAGAGGACGUGCGGGGUGGCGGCGGCGGCGACAUCUGCUGAUCAGCUUUCUUUUGAUUUGUUGCUUUGGCAUCUCAAACAGUUGGCAGUACAAAAAUGUUCACAUGCCCAGCUCCUCAUCUCUGAUAGCCAGCCCGCCAGCUAGUGCGUUUGUCAAUACGCCGGCCACCCUGCUUUUCACUACCCGCCAUGACAUCCAGGUAGCGAACAUCACGAGGCCCACAGGAGGACCUCAAAUUGAUGUGAUCGUAAAAGAUCUGGCGGAGGCCAUGGCCAUUGAUUUCUACUACGCCAAGAACCUGGUCUGCUGGACGGAUUCCGGCAGGGAGAUCAUCGAGUGUGCCCACACCAACUCCUCUGCUCUGCAGCCGCUAUUGCGGGCGCCCAAGCAAACUGUGAUAUCUACGGGUCUGGACAAGCCCGAGGGCCUGGCCAUCGAUUGGUAUACGGACAAGAUCUACUGGACAGAUGGCGAAAAGAACCGGAUUGAGGUGGCCACGUUGGAUGGUCGAUACCAGAAAGUGCUCUUCUGGACGGAUCUGGAUCAGCCACGAGCUGUGGCUGUGGUUCCAGCUCGCAAGUUGCUCAUUUGGACAGAUUGGGGCGAGUAUCCCAAGAUCGAGAGAGCUAGCAUGGAUGGAGAUCCUCUUUCCCGCAUGACUUUGGUCAAGGAGCAUGUGUUCUGGCCCAAUGGCUUGGUAGUGGAUCUAAAGAACGAACUGAUCUACUGGACAGAUGGCAAACAUCAUUUCAUCGAUGUGAUGAGACUGGAUGGAAGCAGUCGCCGGACCAUAGUUAACAACCUAAAGUAUCCCUUUAGUUUGACCUUCUAUGAUGAUCGAUUGUAUUGGACAGAUUGGCAGAGGGGAUCGCUGAAUGCCCUUGACCUGCAAACCCGUGAGCUGAAGGAGCUAAUAGACACACCCAAAGCACCGAAUUCUGUUAGAGCUUGGGAUCCCUCGCUGCAGCCAUAUGAGGAUAAUCCUUGUGCCCAUAACAAUGGAAAUUGCUCGCAUCUCUGUUUGCUAGCAACGAACUCUCAGGGAUUCAGUUGUGCCUGUCCCACGGGAGUCAAGUUAAUCUCACCAAAUACCUGUGCCAAUGGCUCUCAGGAAAUGAUGUUCAUUGUGCAAAGAACGCAGAUUAGUAAGAUAUCCCUGGAUUCUCCGGAUUACACAAUAUUCCCGCUGCCUUUGGGCAAGGUUAAAUAUGCAAUAGCCAUAGAUUACGACCCGGUGGAAGAGCAUAUCUAUUGGUCAGAUGUCGAGACAUUCACUAUUAAAAGAGCUCAUGCCGAUGGCACAGGGGUGACUGAUUUCGUGACCUCUGAGGUGCAACAUCCCGAUGGCCUGGCGUUGGAUUGGCUAGCUCGAAAUCUCUACUGGACGGAUACGGUCACGGACCGGAUAGAGGUGUGUCGUUUGGAUGGAACGGCCAGGAAAGUGCUGAUCUAUGAGCAUUUGGAAGAGCCAAGAGCCAUCGCAGUGGCCCCUUCGCUGGGCUGGAUGUUCUGGAGUGAUUGGAACGAGCGAAAGCCCAAGGUAGAGCGUGCAUCGUUGGAUGGUUCUGAGCGUGUGGUUUUGGUCUCGGAGAAUCUCGGCUGGCCCAAUGGCAUUGCCUUGGACAUCGAGGCCAAGGCGAUCUAUUGGUGCGAUGGCAAGACGGAUAAAAUCGAGGUGGCAAAUAUGGAUGGGUCCGGACGGCGAGUGGUGAUCAGUGACAAUCUGAAACAUCUGUUUGGCCUGAGCAUUUUGGACGAUUACUUAUACUGGACGGAUUGGCAGCGACGCUCUAUCGAUCGUGCCCACAAGAUCACGGGUAAUAAUCGGAUUGUGGUGGUUGAUCAGUAUCCAGAUUUGAUGGGUCUAAAGGUGACUCGAUUGCGGGAAGUGCGAGGACAAAAUGCUUGUGCUGUUAAGAACGGAGGCUGCUCUCACCUCUGCCUGAACCGACCCAGAGACUACGUCUGCCGGUGUGCCAUUGACUACGAGUUGGCCAACGAUAAGCGCACCUGCGUUGUGCCAGCUGCUUUCCUUCUGUUCUCCCGCCAGGAGCACAUUGGUCGGAUUUCUAUAGAGUACAAUGAGGGUAACCACAACGAUGAGAGGAUACCCUUUAAGGAUGUGCGGGAUGCUCAUGCCUUGGAUGUUUCUGUGGCCGAACGAAGGAUUUACUGGACGGAUCAGAAGAGCAAAUGCAUCUUCCGGGCUUUCUUAAAUGGUUCCUACGUUCAGCGGAUUGUGGACUCUGGUCUGAUUGGACCCGAUGGCAUUGCCGUCGAUUGGUUUGCCAAUAAUAUCUACUGGUCGGAUGCUGGAGCACGUCGCAUUGAGGUGGCUCGCUUGGACGGCAGCAGUCGAAGGGUACUCCUGUGGAAGGGAGUGGAGGAGCCGCGAUCCCUGGUUCUGGAACCACGACGUGGUUAUAUGUACUGGACAGAAUCGCCAACGGACUCGAUUCGCAGAGCUGCAAUGGACGGUUCUGACUUGCAGACUAUUGUAGCGGGUGCCAAUCACGCAGCUGAGCUUACCUUUGACCAGGAGACUCGUCGUCUGUACUGGGCCACCCAAUCUCGCCCAGCCAAAAUCGAAAGUGCCGAUUGGGAUGGUAAGAAACGGCAAAUCCUAGUAGCCAGUGACAUGGACGAACCCUAUGCGGUGUCCCUGUACCAGGAUUAUGUGUACUGGAGCGACUGGAACACCGGCGACAUUGAGCGAGUGCAUAAGACCACGGGUCAAAAUCGCAGCCUGGUCCACUCAGGCAUGACAUACAUUACUUCGCUGCUGGUGUUCAACGAUAAGCGGCAGACUGGUGUUAAUCCGUGCAAAGUAAACAAUGGAGGUUGCUCACAUCUCUGUCUGGCUCAACCCGGAAGACGGGGCAUGACCUGUGCCUGCCCCACCCACUAUCAGUUGGCCAAGGAUGGCGUAUCCUGUAUUCCUCCCAAGAACUACAUCAUCUUUAGUCAGAGGAACAGCUUUGGCAGGUUGCUGCCAAACACCACAGAUUGUCCAAAUAUUCCACUGCCCGUAUCUGGAAAGAAUAUUCGAGCUGUGGACUAUGAUCCGAUCACUCAACACAUUUAUUGGAUUGAGGGCAGAAGUCAUAGCAUUAAACGGUCUUUGGCAAAUGGGACUAAGGUCAGUUUGCUGGCCAAUUCGGGGCAGCCUUUUGACCUGGCCAUUGACAUUAUUGGCCGCCUGCUCUUUUGGACUUGCUCCCAAUCCAACAGCAUUAAUGUUACUAGCUUCCUCGGCGAAUCUGUUGGGGUCAUUGAUACUGGGGAUUCGGAGAAACCUCGCAACAUUGCCGUGCAUGCCAUGAAGCGUCUGCUCUUCUGGACAGAUGUGGGCAGUCAUCAAGCUAUCAUCCGAGCGCGAGUCGACGGCAAUGAACGCAUAGAGUUGGCCUAUAAACUGGAGGGCGUCACUGCCUUGGCCUUAGAUCAGCAAUCCGAUAUGAUCUACUAUGCCCAUGGCAAAAGGAUUGAUGCCAUUGAUAUCAAUGGGAAGAACAAAAAAACCCUAGUUUCCAUGCAUAUAUCGCAGGUGAUCAAUAUCGCCGCACUGGGAGGAUUUGUCUAUUGGCUGGAUGAUAAAACGGGAGUUGAACGCAUCACUGUUACUGGCGAAAGAAGAUCAGCUGAGCUUCAGCGGCUGCCGCAGAUCACCGAUAUCCGUGCCGUUUGGACGCCAGAUCCGAAGGUGCUGCGCAACCACACCUGCCUGCACAGCCGCACCAAAUGUUCUCACAUCUGCAUCGCCAGCGGUGAGGGAAUGGCUCGCACUCGCGACGUUUGUUCUUGUCCCAAGCAUCUGAUGCUGCUAGAGGACAAGGAGAAUUGUGGAGCUUUUCCGGCUUGUGGACCGGAUCAUUUCACGUGUGCCGCUCCCGUAUCGGGAAUCAGUGAUGUGAACAAGGAUUGCAUACCCGCCUCCUGGCGCUGUGAUGGGCAAAAGGACUGCCCGGACAAGUCGGACGAGGUGGGAUGCCCCACCUGUCGAGCGGAUCAGUUUAGCUGCCAGUCGGGCGAGUGUAUUGACAAGUCCCUGGUGUGCGAUGGCACCACUAACUGUGCCAAUGGUCACGAUGAGGCGGAUUGUUGUAAGCGGUCAGGCGAGUUUCAAUGUCCUAUUAAUAAGCUCUGCAUCUCUGCCGCCUUGCUCUGCGAUGGUUGGGAAAACUGUGCCGAUGGAGCCGAUGAAUCCUCCGAUAUUUGCCUGCAGCGUCGCAUGGCACCCGCUACCGAUAAGCGUGCCUUUAUGAUUCUGAUUGGAGCCACCAUGAUCACCAUCUUUUCGAUUGUCUAUCUGCUGCAGUUCUGUCGCACGAGGAUCGGAAAAAGCAGAACGGAACCCAAGGACGAUCAGGCCACUGAUCCAUUGUCACCUUCGACGCUGAGUAAAUCUCAAAGAGUAUCAAAGAUUGCUUCCGUCGCCGAUGCUGUACGCAUGUCCACUCUGAACUCGCGCAACAGCAUGAACUCCUAUGAUCGGAACCACAUCACAGGCGCCUCGAGUUCAACGACGAAUGGUAGCAGUAUGGUGGCAUAUCCGAUUAAUCCGCCUCCAUCGCCGGCGACCAGAUCACGUCGUCCGUACAGGCAUUACAAGAUUAUUAACCAGCCACCACCGCCAACGCCCUGCUCUACGGAUAUUUGUGAUGAGUCCGAUUCCAAUUAUACGAGUAAAUCGAACAGCAAUAACAGUAAUGGGGGAGCCACGAAGCAUUCUUCCAGUUCGGCGGCCGCCUGCCUGCAAUACGGCUACGAUAGUGAGCCGUACCCGCCGCCGCCGACGCCGCGAUCACAUUACCACAGUGAUGUGCGCAUUGUGCCAGAGUCAUCCUGCCCACCAUCGCCGUCAUCGCGAAGCUCAACGUACUUCUCGCCGCUCCCGCCCCCGCCAUCGCCCGUACAGUCGCCCAGUCGGGGGUUUACGUAACAUUUUGAGAUUUACAUGUAAAAUGGAGAGGACAAGCCAAGCUUUUCGUUUUACCAAUUUUAUUAUUUUCACAAUUCUAAUUUCUACAACUGAUUUGUAAAUAUGUAUGUGUGUUUAAUUGGUCAUUUAAGGCUUUAACUAAUUUUAAUCAUAGCUAAGAGAGAGCGUCCAUGCCUGGAGGACUUCGAUCGAUCUCGUUAAGUUUCAUUUUGCCAGCCCGAGAUUGCAACCAAAUGCAACAAUAGACUGCAAAAUUUUGUAAGCGAAAUGCAAUUAUUAGCAAUUAUCUUAGCUCUAAAUGAUGUAAUCGUCGAUAAGUCUAAGUCUUUUGAAAUUCCGUGUGCCAAAUUUUCCUGAAACCUGACACAAAAUUUACAAUUGACCUUACUAAGCAAUUUUGAUUUAAAUGCAUUUAACAUCUAGACUUAGUUUAAUGUUUAGUUUUAAUGUGUAAAUAGAUAUGUCUAUUGUGGAAAGCAAUAUUGAUAAAUAUGCCACUAAUUCAACUGUCUUCUUAAUUGUUAUAAACACCAAAAAGUGCCUCAGUAAUACGUGUGUUUUUUGUUUAUUCUUAAAUUCUCCUAUAUCAUUUUUAUAUAGAUAUAGAUAAUACAAAUGAAUAGUUAGAUAUUCAUAUUACGUAGGUUUUUGCAAUAAAAAGGAAAUUUAAGUAAAUUCAUAUUUAUAGUUAAUUUUAGAGAACGUAAUAUGUAACGAACAAUAUUUUUAAAUGUAAAAUGCAGUAUUUUUAACAAAAUUAA